UACGUUUCAGUUUCUCAUUCUCAAGUUACUCAUAUAGCACCAUGUUAAAAUUGGUACUUUUUGUGAUUACUGCUCUCCAUCUCACUCACGGAGAACACCACCAACACGGUGGAGACUACGAAAUAUGGUUGGACCGGAACAAUGUUACAUCCAACAUAUUCGAAUCCGGAAGUCCAAAUAAUGAAAGUCUCAUUUGCAAAGCUGAAAUACUCCGCAUCCAUAAGAAGUGUGAAGUGUUAAAGUUGGACGAUUUGGAGUGCGCUUCCGGACUGGUAUCCCUUAUAGCAGAAGAUAUCGACCUCAGGGAGGCAACGUUAAAAGAACUACCCCCGUCGGUGCAGAAUGUAACCAUAGUAAGAAACAACUUGCAGCAACUCAAGGUAAACGCCUUUUCAAACCUUACGGUGCAACUUUUGAACCUCACUGGCAAUAAAAUCGAAAGUAUUCAUCCAAGUGCUUUUGAUUACAUGCGCAACUUGACGCAGCUCAUUCUGGACCAUAACGAGCUCACCACUUUCAACUUCACCUUCCUUGACUGUCCAAAGUUGAAACUGCUCUCUUUGAGGUUCAACUUCAUCAAAUCACUUGGGGAAGGCGCCUUAAAACCAUUAAAACUAAACGUUUUAACAGUCUUACUUAGCUACAACAACAUCAGAGAGAUCCACAAGACAGCGAUGGAUGUGAAACAGUUCCACGAAGUGAAAAUCGACCAUAACGAGCUCAGCGACGCGCAGCUCCUGAUUAAGCUGACCAAAGCUGACCUGGUCGAUUUGUCCGAUAAUAAAAUUACUUGUUUGCCAAAAGAAUUUAUGGAGAACGGCCUCAGCAAGAUCAAAGUGCUGAAUUUAACCGGAAACCCGUUGGAGUGUCACUGUUUGAACGACCUGAAGAAGAAAGUGAAGAAGAACAUCGAGUUUCAGAAGAUGUCACCGCUGGUGCAAAAUAUUAAUAUUGUGUUGCCCAAACACGAUACCAAGACUUGCUGAAGAUAUUGUUGUGGGUGUGUUUUAAUUUUGUUUUAUUUUGUAGCUGUAGGUUUAUCAUAACAUAUUUGGGUAUUUUGUUAGUUUAAUUAUAUUGAUAUAAAGAUAAGUGAAAUUAU